AUGGAGUUAGGAAAAGUUUGGUCCAGACAUCAGAGGACGCUGCUGAUCACCAUGAUGAUGUUCAAACUAGGUCUUCUGUGUACAGCGGCAGCAGACAAGUGUCUCUCAUCACCUUGUAACAAUGGCGCCACGUGUUUUGAGCAUCUGGGUGACUAUGUGUGCCUUUGUCCUAAAGAGCCAGUGUGGUACAUGGGCAAAAACUGCGACGAGUUGUAUGACGCUUGUAUCUUGGCACCUUGCACUAACUGCACCAGCAGUCCGGGAACUGGCAAUUUCACAUGCCACUGCCCGGAUGGCUUCACUGGCGUCAACUGCACCGAGGAUGUAGACGAGUGUGAAAGCAACCCUUGCAAAGGUGUCAGGUCGCACUGUGUCAACAGAAUUGAUGCCUAUUCAUGCCACUGUCCCCAUGGAUUUGGAGGAAAAUACUGUGAGUUUAAUGUCACCACUUGCUCAGAGGAAACCUGCCACAAUAGUGGAACCUGUAUAGACAUUCCUGACAUUGGACAUCAUUGUCAGUGUGAUGCUGGAUACCAAGGGGACAACUGCGAAGAAAACAUCAAUGAAUGUGAAUCUGCUCCAUGUCAAAAUGGUGCCAUCUGUAAAGAUGGCGUUAAUGCCUACCAGUGUUUCUGCGUGCCUGGAUUUCAGGGCUUCCACUGCGACUUGGACAUAAAUGAGUGUGCCUCUCAGCCAUGUCAAAAUAACGGUACAUGUUCGGAUGAAGUGGACAAUUACAGUUGUGAUUGUACUGAAGGCUUCAAAGGAAAUAACUGUGAAGUAGAUAUCGACGAUUGUGAAGAACAACCCUGCCAGAACGGCGCUACCUGCCACGACUAUAUUGCCAUGUACACAUGUGAGUGUAUGGACGGUUUCCAGGGUCAAGACUGUGAGGUCAACAUUGAUGAAUGUGUCAGCAUGCCAUGUCUGAAUGAUGGCAGGUGCAUUGAUGGUGUCAACAGUUACAUUUGUGACUGUGAGGGGACAGGCUUUGAAGGUCACAACUGCGAGGAGGAUGUUCCUGAAUGCGCUUCUGAUCCAUGCCAGCAUGGAGGCACUUGCAUGGAGGGGACUAACCAGUACAAAUGUCUCUGUUGGCCAGGUUACGAGGGAGAGAACUGCCAGGUCGAUGAAGAUGAGUGUGAGCAGUACCCGUGUGAAAAUGACGGUGAAUGCUUCCAGCGUUCAGAAAUUGAAAACUAUGGGGUACUCCCUGAACUCAGCGCAGCCAAUUUUUCCUUUGAAGAAGCAGCUGGAUUCAUCUGUCACUGUCAAUCCGGAUUCACAGGAGAAAAUUGUUCUCUGAAUGUGGACGAGUGUGUAUCUGCUCCAUGUCAACAUGGAGGAAGCUGCCAGGAUUUGGUCAACUCAUAUCAAUGUUUGUGCUCUGAUGGCUUUACAGGUGUGCAUUGUGACGUGGACAUUGACGAGUGUGACAGCAAUCCUUGUCAGAAUGGUGCCACAUGUGAAGAUGCUGCCAACUCUUAUAUAUGUCACUGUCCCGAACCAGAAACUGGCCGAGAGCCAUUGGGUGGGCGCAACUGCGAUGUUGUUCUGGUUGGUUGUCAGCAGCACAAUUGUCAGCAUGAUGGCAUCUGCAUGCCAUUGCUGACAGCGUAUGGCGAUCAUAGCUACACGUGCCUCUGUGGGCCAGGCUGGACGGGAGAACUCUGCAACACCUCUACCACCUUUUCCUUCAACUCGGAGGGCUACGUCCACAUGCAGCUGCCUGUUUCUAAAAACAGAGGAAGGCAAGGUACUGAUGACUACAACUAUGGACUCAGUGUACAACUAAGAUUCAGGAGCACUUUGCCGGACAUGUUGUUGUACCAUCGUGGUACCCUGGAACACUUCAUCUCCCUGGAGUUAGUGCAGGGUUCCCUUCAGGCCAGGUUAAAAUUUGGGAGAUUGCUACAGGUUAUUUAUCCAGGUCCAGUCAAUGACGGAGAAUGGUACAGAGUCACCGUGACGAUGGAUGAGAGACUCAUUAUGUUAGUAGAAGGACCUGGCUGUGAGGAAGGAUGUCAAGUGAAAAAUCUAGUGUACAACCAUCUUAUCUUCUUCCAGUCAAAUUCCUUUCAACAGCUGUUUGUAGGAGGAGCACCAAAGGAAUAUUUGACACUCACGUUAAGUGGGAGGAAUUUCAUUGGCUGCAUGGAAGACCUUCAAGUCGACUAUAAACUGCUGAUGCCUCAGGACCUCAUGAGAGAGGAUAACAUGGGUUUGGAAUUGGGAUGUGUCAAAGAAGAUGUGUGCCAUGACGACCCUUGCAAACAAUUUGGGUUUUGCGUGGACAUGUGGGUUGUGGCCAAAUGUCAGUGUCGCCGGCCAUACUUUGGCGAAAGAUGCGAAAGAGAGUACCCAUCCUGGACCUUUGGUCAUGAGAACACUACAAGCUAUGCAGCCUUCAACAUCAAAGAAACCCAUGGAGAAAAUGUCACCAUCUCCUUUAUAAUGCGCUCUCUUAAAAAAAAUGGCCUUCUUCUGCAAUUUCGUCGAGGGGAAAGGUCCUACCUGACGCUUUACCUGAAGGAAGCUACUGUCGCCAUCUACAGCGCUUACACCACACUCUUGUCGGAGGCCAAGUUUGUCACGGAUGGAAAAGAUAAUUUGGUGACAAUAAAAGUAAACUAUGGCCACGUGUUCUUCCCCAUAGCGGGAAACCAUCGUGCCAUAGGGAAUGUGAGCAUCGAGGCAGGGGAUGUUGUGUAUGUUGGAGGACUCCCUGUAGGUGAAAAUGUGAAUUCCUGGGGUGGAAAAUUUAAGGGCUGUCUACAAGACAUUCGACUGGAUAACAAGCACUUGUCCUUUGUGGAUUAUAAAGAAGAGGUGGAGAGUUAUCAGGCCACUGCAGAGAAGAAUGUUCUGACAGGAUGUCAAAGUGACAAUUCAUGCAAGAAUGAGCCCUGUCUCAAUGAUGGAAAGUGUCAGAUUAUCUGGAAUGAUUUCAAAUGUGACUGUUCCAUUAACUUCUCUGGACGACUGUGCGAGAGACGUUUGUGGUGUGUCGAGAACCCUUGCUUUGAAGGAGGGCAGUGUGUCGACCUAUGGGAUGGUUAUGAAUGUUUGACUCAAGCCAUUUUCCAGGACAAUGCUCUUGAGUAUUUUGCCAACAGCUCCCUGUUGAGCCCAGUAACAAACAUCAUGAUGGAGUUUAGAACACGCGACGACAACGGUAUCUUGUUGAGGGCAGAGGACGGAGAUGAGGUAUUUUGUCUGGGUCUUCUUAAUUCCACGCUUCUUGUCAAAAUGGACACUGGGACAAGUGGAGAUCUGCUGGCUUUUACCAGCGACAGGACCAUUGCAGAUGGAGCGUGGCAUCGCAUCCGCUUGACCAUGAUCGACCCUGCACAAUCAGUGUCCCGAUGGUGUCUCACUGUAGAUGGGCAGACAGCGGGAUGUAGCCUUGGAGUUGGCGGCUUCCUCAAUUUCCUUAAUGAUACCCAAAUUUGGCUGGCAGAGAAAUAUUCUGGAUGUUUGGGGGAAGUCCGAGUCGGUGGAGUCUACCUUCCAAUUUUCAGCGUGCCAGAUGCCCCUCAGACAAGUCAUUUCUCCAGACUGAGUGGUCGUGAGCCAAACUUGGGAUGCCAGGGUGCCCCAGUUUGUGACUCUCAGCCUUGUUUCAAUGAGGGUGUGUGCCAGGACCAUUUUAAUGAGUUUAACUGCAGCUGCAACCCAGGGUGGUCGGGAGAACUAUGUGAGGCCGAGAUAAAUGAGUGUUCUUCUGGGCCCUGUUUCUAUGGCACAUGCAAAGACCUUCUGGCAGACUACCAGUGUGACUGUGAGCCUGGAUAUAUAGGAAGAAACUGUCAGGAAGAAGUGGAUAACUGUUUGGAGUUUAUCUGCUUGAACGAGGGGACUUGUGUGGAAACAACAGUAACUCAUACCUGUGUAUGCCCUCCUGAAUACUUGGGCAAACGCUGUCAGUGGCGAUUUCCUCCAGCGGCAUGUGAUGCCAAAACGGAGUGCCUUAAUGGAGGAGUUUGCAUAGGGGGGGACACUGGUGGCAACUGCACCUGCAAGCCAGGGUACACUGGAGCCAGGUGCGAGACAGAAAUAGACGAAUGUACAUCCAGUCCUUGUCUUAAUGGUGCCACCUGUCUAGACAGACUCAACCACUUUCAGUGUGUAUGUGUGCCAGGCUAUAGUGGCACACUGUGUGAGAGCAACAAAAAGGCGCAAUUGGAGCGGAUCCCUUGGCUGGUAGUGACUAUCCCCAUCACCACGUUAUGUGUAUUAGUAGCCAUCGUAGUUAUCUUUUUCCUCAUCAUGACGGCCCGGAAGAAGCGUCAGUCAGAGGGUACCUACAGCCCCAGCUCACAGGAGGUAGCUGGAGCCAGGUUGGAGAUGGGCAGCGUCCUCAAAGUGCCUCCGGAGGAGAGACUAAUCUGAGACCUGCAGCCUCAUAUCAGUGGAUGUGUGAGAGAGAAUUCCAAGGCUCUGUUGCGACCCAUCCACUCAAAAAAAAAGAAAAAAAAAGUGAGUGUCUGAAUGAACUAAAUAACUGAUGCUCCACCUUGGAAAAACUACUGAUGUUGAAACUCCAUGGUAAAAUCUGAUCAGAAGAGAGGACAUGAUAAAAAAUGUAAAAAGACAAGCUCAGUGUUUGAAAGAUUUGGACUCAACACAUUUCAUCUAUUCAUCAGCCGAUGAAACCACUUUUUACAUGAGUCAUUUUCAUAUAAUGUCAUCAGUAACAGAAAAGACACUUUAAUUUAGAUACUUUUUUAUACAAAAUAUCUCCCAUGAUGAUACAGCCACGAUUGAAGUCCUAUUUUCAAAACGUUACUGAUAAUAAAAAAAAGUUAGGCAUUCAUAGUACAGGCAAUCUUAACCGACAGAUCAAAUGGGGGUGACAAAUGGUGGUACAUGUAUACGUACACUUCUUGUAGCGAUGGGAAAGUGAAGGUUACAAUCUGCUUCAUGAACCAUUUGUAUUUUUAACUCCUCUAGAUACCACUGGUGAUUUAAAGUAGGUUUAAUAAAUGACAUGUCUGUGUGCUUUCAGCCCUAUAUUGAUCAGAGAGUGUGCUAUCUAACAGGUUUAAUAAACUCAACAACUGGUUCACGAAGCAUCUUGAAGCCUCAUUGCAUAAGGAAGUCUUGAAGACUUCUUGCAUAAUAGUAAAGCUAUAAACAGCUUCAUAGAAAUCCUGUGAGUGGCACAUGGUCUUUCAACUCGGCAGAUAGAAGUGCAUCCAUGAUCCUAAAAACACAUUAAAACCAUCACACUCUUGUAUUUAAACAGUGCACUCAUAAUAGUGGUAAAGCCAUGCUAAAGCUCUAACAAUUUCACAAAUUCAUAUACCUCAUAAAUAAUGUAUUUUGCUGUUUGCUGAUGUGUAAAUACAAAAUGACUGCCAGGUGGUACUUCACCUCACAGACCCCUCUGGUGUAUUGCAAAAAGAUAAAGAGAUAUUCAAUAGUGGUAAACGAUAAAAUCAGUAUGCGUGAGAGUGCACUGGUAAAACAACCAAAAAAAGAUGAUGCAUGGUUUCAUCGGCUAGAAAGAAAAUGCCCUGCUGUCAGCAAAAGUGAAUGAAUUGCUUGCAAAUAUUCUGUAUUUUUCUCAUCUGUUUUUUAACAUCCCUUGUUUCCCGUUAUCUGGUUCAAAACAUGUGUCCUAACCAUUCAGACAGCUAUCUUUAGUUGUUGCUUAUUUAUUACACAAUAUCGGGAAAAGUUGAUGUUAUGUUUUACAUAUUUUUUAAUACUGUAUAAUACAUACAUUACAGUUAAUAUGGUCGAUCAUGUUUAGUGGUAAACUGAAAGCUAUGACUUUCAAACCAAUAGAUGUUAAUUGAUCUUGUGGACUGUUUUUUGUCACUUAGAGUUUAAAUGAUUAAAUCUGGCCCGGUCGACUCUAAUGUAAAUUUUCUCUCUUGGAACAAAAAAGCAUCAGUGACUUUCACUGUGUUUAUUUUUAUAUGAAUUGUUAUAAUGGCUUUUGUACGUAUCCCAAUGCAUUAUAGAAUUAACCACCAGAUAUUAAGAUAUAUAUAUACGGAGUAAAUGAUCUGAAGCCUAUUCAAUAUUAUUUUGAUGUUACACUGGUUUGAACAAUAAUACGUACAUCUGGCACCAUAGUUCAAACUGUUUGGCCUUAAUUUAUACAUGUCACAUUAAAGUAAGUAACGAGACAGGCAAGUCAGAGGUUAAACAGAAGUUUGAUCCUAUUUGAUGAAGCUUGAAUGGUGUAAUGAAUGUCUAUUUUCUAGUAAGCACUGAAUUUAUGCAUUAUUUCUUCUGAGGCGCAGAAACACUACUCUGUAAAUAUGCACAGGGAAAUGCAUUUUCAGAUCAUUUGGUGGAUUUCUGGGCCCUAUUUCCAUGCUUAGUACAAGUGUAGUGUAAAGUGCAGUCUAACUGUGCUCGUGGGUAGAGGUUUCUUUCUUUUAAUAUUUUGUUAGACGUGUGCAGGUCAAAGGGGCCGUUUGCGCCAUUGU